AUGGGGAUCUCAGUUCUGUGGAACAUCUGUAAUCUGGCAGUGACAGUCCUGCACCUGUGGAAGACCAGAGGAUCUCAUCUGCCUGUGGGCCUGAUCAUCUCCUGCAUAUCCAUCAGCAACAUGUUCCUGGAGCUCUCCAUGACUGCUGUCCUGCUCUUGUUUUGGGCAGGCAUUCUUUUUUCUGUUAAUUACUUACCAUUCCUCAGAGCUACAACUUUCAUUUGGUUACAGAGCAUGUGCAUCAGCUUCUGGUCCAUCGCCUGGCUGAGUACCUUCUACUGUGUGAAGAUUGUCAGCACGUCCAGUGCUCUUCUCUGCAAGUUGAAGAAGAACAUUUCCUUCUUCAUCACCACGGCCCUCUUGCUAACUGUGCUGUGCUCCUUUGUAGCCUGUCUCCCUUCCUAUUCCCAGCUGCCAUCGUCCAACGCCACCGUUGCUAAUGAGACCAGAAAUGCAACCGGCCUGAAUGCUGUCCUCCCUGGCUGGAUUGACACAAACCUCUACAUUUAUGUUCUCCUGGGCUUCCUCUGCCCUGUCCCUGUGCUGGUCAUGCUGCCCACUUCCCUGAGCCUUGUGACCCACCUCUGCCAUCACACACUUGCCAUGAAGAAGAAUGUGAACCAGUUCCCAGACUCUGACCCCUACCUAAUGGUGUGCAGGAUGACCGUGUCCAUGGUUGUGGUGUACCUGACUGUGUGUUAA